AUGUCGUACGGCGUCAUGACGCCUGACGAGGCAGAGCUUUUGGCAAUGGGUGCGUCUGGCGCGAUCUUUGCCUAUCCCAGCAGACCACAUGAAGUGUCCAAACUCCCUUAUCGCGCACAAUCUUCUAUCGACAACGUCGAGAUCGAGAAACGCAUUUACCGCCGGCUGGAGACCCAUCCGAAUAUCAUCCGCUGCCUUCGGAUCGACGAUGAUGCCAUACAUCUCGAGCGAGCAAAAUACGGCUCCAUCCGACAGUACUACAGAAAGGGCGGCACUGCGACCCUCCAAGAGCGCAUCAAGUGGUCGCGAGACUUGGCUAAUGUGCUGCAGUACAUUUACGACAAGAACGUUAGACAUGUUGACAUCUGCGGCAAGAAUAUCCUCUUGGAUGAGGACCGGAACAUCAGACUUUGCGACUUCGCUGGCUCGGCUAUUGAUGAUAUUCGUCCUACGGUUAUCGCUCAAGACGGCUUCCGGCACCCUGAUGACGAUGCGAACAAUAUAAUUCGAGCGGAGAUCCACGCUUUAGGAUCGUCCAUCUUCGAGUUGAUAACCUUCACCUGCCCACAUUAG